AUGAUGAAGUGUGUGAUUACUUAUUUUGUUUUCUCAGCAUUUAUUGCGGUGGUAAUGUUAGCUGUACUUGAAGAACUCUUUCGUCGUCUUUACCCGGAUGCACUUAAAUGUAAAUUUAACAAAUCGCUUGAUUUGGACGUCAGUGACACAAAAGUGUACUUUUAUGAUUUCACAAAUAACAUUUACAUCGUUUGCAAAAUAAGGAAUGCGGUCGAUUGCAUAACUGAAGCACUAACCCUGGACUUGUCUAAAAUUCUCGUGGUCUUCGUCCCUGGAUAUAAAGGUUAUAUAAACCGUGAUAUAGAGGAAUCGUUCAGGCAAGCAUACAAAGAUGUUCAAAAUAUAUAUCUUAUCAUUAUCGAUCACUCCGCGUAUACUUACGAAACAGAGGAAAAACUUAGGUGCUACGAAAGAUCCGUUCUCUAUUCGUACUACAUUGGCAAAGCCUUGGGUGGCCUUCUCGCAGAAUUCAAAAGAAAAGGAUAUUCGUCUAGAAACUUCCACUGCAUUGGUCAUAGUAUGGGUGCUCAUAUUGUUGGUUACGCCGGUGAUAGUUACUUCGCUGAAAUUUUGGAAAAAAUUUGGAAAAUAACCGGAUUAGAUCCGGCUGGCCCUUGCUUUGCUAACGCCACGCUGGAAGAGCAGCUGAGAUCUGGGAACGCAGAUUAUGUUGAAGUGUACCACUGUAAUGCUGGACAUCUAGGUACUAACAAUGUAAUAGGAGAUAUAGAUUUCUUUUUUAAUGAAGAAGGAAAGAUUCAGCCCGACUGCCGAAGUUUGAACGAAGAAUACUUAGACAAAUGUUAUCACAAAGCCUGCGUAAAAUAUUGGACGAAAACGGUACAUCAACCAAAUUUGUAUUCCGCCCUGGCUUGUCCGACAUAUGAAGCGUUUUCCGAAGGCUUAUGUAAUAACAAUAAAACAACAAUGGCUGGAAAUUCGAACCCGGGGAAUGCUACAGGAAUAUUCUACGUUUCAACUGAAUCUGACCAAGGAUCGUGA